AUGUACAUUCCUUUGGGUAGCCGGUAUGGCAUAAAAGGUUCCGAUGAGGCGAAAAGACCCACGCCUGAAUGCAACUGUAACCUCGUCAAACGGCCCAAGUGGUGCCAAAAAUGUAGGACACGACAUCCCGUCUGGCCGGGCCGAGUCGAGCCGACUCCUGAAACGGGGUCUGCAGGUGACUGUCAAAAUUGGCGUUUCCAUAUCGCCCAGACGAGCUUAGACUUCCCACUUGUCUUCCCACUUUGCGAUGGGUGCUGCUUUAUCAAAUAA